GGCCUGAGCGGGCGGGGCGGAGUGGGCGGGGCUCAGCGGGGCCGACCGGCGGCGGAGCGGGGGGUUGGGACGGACAGAGCGCGCAGCCGUGCGGGCUGUCGGGAGCUCCCUGGGUGGCUGCUGCGCUCGGGGAGCCAUGGGGUGCACUGCUGGGGAGCUCGUCUCGUUGCUUCUCGGGCUGGGGCUGCUGCUGUGCCCCGGGAGCGCGGAGCUGCGGGCCCCACCGGAUAAAAUCGCAAUUAUUGGAGCUGGAAUCGGUGGCACUUCAGCAGCCUAUUAUCUGCGGCAGAAAUUUGGGAAAGAUGUGAAGAUUGAUCUGUUUGAAAGAGGAGAGGUGGGGGGCCGUCUGGCCACCAUGACUGUGAGGGGGCAAGAAUACGAGGGAGGAGGGUCUGUCAUCCAUCCUUUAAAUCUGCACAUGAAGCGUUUUGUCAAGGACCUGGGUCUCUCAACUAUUCAGAGCUAUGGUGGCCUAAUGGGGGUUUAUAAUGGAGAGACUAUGGUGUUUGAGGAGAGCAGCUGGUUUAUAAUUAACAUGAUUAAACUAAUUUGGCACUAUGGAUUUCAGCCCCUCCGAAUGCACAUGUGGGUAGAAGAUAUAUUAGACAAGUUUAUGAGGAUCUACCGCUACCAAUCUCAUGACUAUGCCUUCAGUAGUGUAGAAAAGUUACUACAUUCCCUCGGAGGGGACGACUUCCUUGGAAUGCUUAACCGAACACUUCUUGAAACCUUGCAGAAAGCAGGCUUCUCUGAGAAAUUCCUCAAUGAAAUUGUUGCUCCUGUCAUGAGGGUCAAUUAUGGCCAAAGCAUGGACAUCAAUGGCUUUGUGGGGGCAGUGUCAAUGUCUUGUGCUGAUUCUGGCCUUUGGGCAGUCGAUGGUGGCAAUAAACUUGUUUGCUCAGGACUCCUUCAGGCAUCCAAAAGCAACCUGAUACCUGGCUCAGUAAUGUACAUAGAGGAGAAAACAAGGACAAAGUAUACCGGAAAUCCCACAAAGAUGUAUGAAGUCGUCUACCAAACUGGACCUGAGACCCGUUCAGACUUCUAUGACAUAGUUUUGGUGGCCACUCCACUGAAUCGGAAAAUGUCCAAUAUAACUUUUCUCAACUUUGACCCUCCAAUUGCGGAAUUCCAUCAAUACUACCAACAUAUAGUAACAACUUUAAUUAAGGGGCAAUUGAAUUCAACUAUUUUUAGCUCCAGAGCUUUAGCUGAGUUUGAUCUUAGUACUAUCUUAACCACAGAUAAUUCAGAUUUGUUCAUUAAUAGCAUUGGGAUUGUAUCUUCUGUGAGAGAAAAUAAUAAUUUUCAACCACCAACAGAUGGCACAUAUAUUUGGAAGAUCUUUUCCCCAGAAAUUCUUACUAAAGAACAAAUUUUAAAGCUCUUUUUGUCCUAUGAUUAUGCUGUGAAGCAGCUGUGGCUUGCAUAUCCCCAUUAUAAACCUCCAGAGAAAUGCCCCUCCAUCAUACUACACGACCACCUUUAUUACCUCAAUGGCAUAGAGUGUGCAGCAAGCGCCAUGGAGAUGAGUGCCAUUGCAGCCCACAAUGCCGCUCUUCUUGCCUAUCACCGCUGGAAUGGGCACAUAGACAUGAUUGACCAAGAGGACUUAUAUGAGAAACUUAAAACUGAACUAUGAAAUAACACUAUCAUUUUCCCCUCCUGGUAACAAAUGGAGCAUCACUGGCAAAAACAACACAAUCUGAGCAAAGAUGAUUGUGAAUCAGGUAUUUUGUCAUCAUUAUUAUUUAACUAAAAUAACCCAAGUGAGUCAUGAGGAAAUACAAGGUUCUAAUUGAGUGUGAAGGUGUAACUAUUGCAUUUAUGUCAUCUCUAAAAUUUCUUCACUUUUAAUAUCCAUAAAUAGUAUUUCCCAAACUUGUCUGAGAUUCACCAGGAGUUUGUUAAAUAAUGGAUUCCCUAGCUCCUCUGGAGAUUCUCAUUCAGUAGGUCUGGGGGUGGGAUGCUGGAUUUUGAACAAAACCUUAGAGCAUUUUAAAUAAGCUGAGCACUUGAAAAAUGUAAAGAUCAGAAGAUAGUUAAAACUACUAUGGGAGUUGGUAUCAUAUGCCUGGCUUUAGUUAAUAAUUUAUGCCCUCUUCAAAGUAAAAGUGCCCAUGCUUGCAGCCUUGACUUUCAGAAUGUUCUUUUGAUUGCUUCUGUCUGGAUUUAAUUAUGGGUGAAAUUCAGAAAUCUAAGUCAUAUAACCUUAAGAUGUCAUACAAAAAUCUCAAGUAAAAUGAAAAGCAAAUAUAGGCUACUGAUUUAAGAAUUUGGCAUUCUACUAUGAAAUCCUCAGUUAUGGAGCUUUAAAAAAUAGAUUCCCCACAACCAGAGAUUGAUUUAAUGAAUUAAGGACAGGACCCCAGCAUUGUAGCUUUUUAAAGUUCCUAAUGUGCAACCUGAAUUGAGAAUCACUGAUGUGGGGUGUAAGCUGUCUUCAAAGGGUUUUUAGUGCCUUAAAGGUCCCAAGAAACCAAUCCAUUAUCAAAGCUGAUCCAUUUUGUGAAGAUUGAUUUCUCUAAAUGAGAACUCCAGUAGUAAUCUUGAUAGUAGAGGCAAUUUAGUGUACUCCAGAGCAGAUUACACUAAAGUAGGAUAUUUAGAAUGACACCACACUUGAUCAAAUAAAUCCAGCAUAUGUUCAAACUAUUAAAUGCUUCUAAAGCUACUGUAGCAUUUUGGUAAGAAAUUGGUUGCUGAAAUCUUGUUUUAAGGCAGUAGUUCUCAACCUUGGCUGCAUAUUGGAAUCACCUGUAGGACUAUAAAGCUUCCCAAAUGAUUCUGUGUGCAGCCAAACUUGAGAACCAGUUCUACACUUACUAUACGAAGAUCAUGACUGACUGUCCUUGUAGUCACUAGUAGGACAGAAAAAAAGCCUGUGCUUUCUCAAAGUAAAUCCAACAAAGUCAACGUGUACUGUAAAAAAAAGUUCUUCACCUGAUUAAAGCAGUAGCUACUUUAGCAAAAUGGGGGAAGAGAACAUUGAUUCCUCAAGAUUUUUUUCUCUGCUACAAUUGUGAAUAUUAGUAUGCUGAUAAAAUUGCCAAGAUAUAUUUGAUAUAAAGGCAGGGCUUAAAUUUAUAGUUUGCCAAAGGGUCAGCUUUUUUCUGAUUUUAUUCUUAACAAGUAUGUUACAUAUUCUUAUUUUUUCCUCUUGUGGUUUCAAUGAAAACAGUAUUGUAGAGAAUGUAAUAUUGUGUUAUGUGUAUGUUAAGGAUCAGUAAAUAUUAAUGAAAUAGUUUCUGUCACCCUAA